CGCGAUUCCAAGAUGUCAGCCCCCAUCAAAAGUCUAGCUCUUCUGGGAUGUAUGAAAACUCGGUUAUAUCUGUGUCGAAAUAUUGGAUCAAGAAGCCUAUUUACCACCCCCAAGGUGCUCUAUCCUGCCCAUGAUGCGGAGUUUGCUGCAGCUAAAGAUAGGCUAGGUACGCUGAAGGAUGACCCAGGCAAUCAGACAAAACUUCAGAUGUAUGCCUUGUUCAAACAGGCAUCUGUAGGAAAAUGCAACACCAAAAAACCGGGAAUGAUGGACUUUGUGGGGAAGGCUAAAUGGGAUGCAUGGAAUGGCCUCGGUGAAAUGUCUCAGGAUGAUGCCCAGCUAGAGUAUAUAAAUAUAGUGGAGGACCUUGUAAAGAAUGAUUCAAGCAAUCAAGAUGCUGGAGCCACAGAGGGAGGUGAAUCAGGUGGCACCGCUGAGGAGGGAAAGUUCACCACUCUCUUAACCACUAAGGAAGAUGGCCUGUUUACUAUAACACUUAAUAGACCAGAGAAGAAAAAUGCAAUCAGUUUUGCUAUGUACGAGGAAAUAGGAAAUGCCUUGGAGGAAGCAGCAAAAGACCCCAGUGUGGUUGUAGCAGCUGUAACAGGUGCUGGAGACUACUACUGCAGUGGAAAUGACUUGACUAACUUUAUGAACGUCGAUCCCAGCAAUAUGGCCAAAAUGGCCGAAGAUGGUGGUGACAUAUUGAAAAAGUUUGUAGGGGCAUUCAUAGAUUUUCCUAAGCCUUUAGUAGGAGUUAUCAAUGGGCCAAGUGUAGGAGUCUCCUGUACUGUACUAGGCUUAUUUGAUCUAGUCUAUGCUGCAGACAAUGCCACAUUUAACACACCAUUCAGUGCCUUAGGACAGUCACCUGAGGGUUGCUCAUCAUAUACAUUUCCAAAAAUUAUGGGGACCACAAAGGCCAAUGAGAUGCUGCUAUUCAAUCGCAAGUUGACGGCACAGGAAGCUUGUGAAAGAGGUCUCGUCACAGAAGUGUUUCCCGAGUCAUCUUUCCAGAAUGAGGCUUGGGAUCGUGUCCGUGGAUUUGCCAAACUACCAAAAGAUGUAUUGCUCAUGUGUGGUUCUACCACUGGCUAG